AUGGUUGACAUGAAAGUUCAUGCCGUAGGGACGAAGCGUGGGGCAAUGUGUGGCCGUCUCCAUGAUCAAAGGACGGUUCUAUUCAGUCUGGCUGGCACCUUUUGGCAAGCAGGCUUUCCACAACUGAACGCGUUGGCGUCAUGUAGCUUGCUGCUAUCUCCUGCCAUGGAUCCGCAGCUGCACGAAUACCGUGCCGCGCAGCAGGCACGAUUCGAGGAGGCCAAAGCGGAACUGCAGCGCAGGGUGGACUGCGGUGGACCGCUGAGGCCGUCCACGUGCGCCGAGGCAUUGGCGCGCCAGUUGCGCGCGAGGCACAGCGAUCUACCCCAUGACAGGGAGCUGCAGUCGGCCGUCUUGCGCUGGGCCCUGCUCUCUCAGCUCGGCUCCGAGGAAUGGGGAGCCUCCGCGGCCCAGAAUGGCGAGGCUGCAAGUUCGGGAGGAGGGUGGCUUGACUUUCUGCAGUUGAUGCCCUGCUUAGGAGGCAUGGGCCGGCCUUUGCCUGGUGUUCCAUCCGAGCUCCCGGCCUUAGGUCCGCUGCUCCGGUGCGACGAGGCCCCGGGGCAGAUGUCAGGUGCGCUUGUAAUCGCGCUGUUGGCUUCGGAUCCAACGCUUCUGUCUGGUGGCUGGCCGCUGCAGCUUGCCGUCGCAGCAGCCCUCUGUGAUGCAGAGGGCGAGACCGACCAACAUUUCCAUAGUGAGAGGAUUGACAUGGUGCAGCGAUAUUAUAGCUUUCGCCGUGAUGUGACGACGAAGAAGCUUUUCCAAGAGUUCCAGCAGCUGCGUGCCUGGCACUUUCGCUACAUCCUUGGCAGCUGGCACUCGGAUGCGGACUUGGCAUGGUCGCGUGAUGCUGUUGAGCAGCAGUACAGGCAGCCCGAUGCAAUUGGCAGAUCCGCCCGCAUGGUGAAGUACAAGCCCCACAACGACAAAGGCGUGAGUGUUCAAGAAGGUCUACGGUUUUAUGAUGGGCAGAUUACCACGAUGCCGGUCAUUCUGGAUUACGGAGGAGUGUGUGGCGCGGUUUCGAAGUUCGGCACCAGCUGCUGCCAGGCUUUCGGCGUGCCGGCUAUGCCGGUUGCCCAGCCGGGGCACUGCGCCCUGAUCUGGCGGGGCCCUCUUGGCCGGUGGGAGCUGGAAAAUGAUUGCGGCGGGUGGAACCAGUCUCGCAUGCACGACGGGAUCCAGCGAACCUGGCACACGGAGCUUGGUGAACUUUGCCAAGAAGCCGGCAUCAUUCCUGUGUUCGAGCGUGCCUUGCAGGACUGCGAAACAUUCCGGCGCUGCCAGGCUCUUCGGCUGGCAUCUGAGCUCCUUGCGCCCGAGCUCGCCUUCGAAGCUUUCCAGCUACGAGCAGAGGCGGUGGCGCAGUGCCCAUGGGAUUUGAGCGCCUGGGCAGCCUGGCUCAAGACGCGGCCGUUCCCAGUGGCAGCACUCCGGGAGCGCACGGAGGCCGCUGAGGCGGCGGCUGCUUGGCCAGGUGGCAGGCGAAAUUUGUCGCGCUCGCGCCCGGUUCGGGCAAGCGUGGACGAUGACCGCGCUCAGUUUGUGGUCGAUGGCACCGACUCCGAGUGGUUUCCGGCUGACAGUGCAGACCCUCAAUGGCUGGAGAUCGACUUGGAGCAGGUCUGCCAGGUGCACGAGGUUCGCGUGAAGUGGUGGGGCGACUACGGCUCUCGCAAUACCCUCCGCGUCCUAUCCUUGCUGCAAGAUGAUGGGUUUGAAGGCACAGAUGAUGAAGGUGUCUUUGUCGAGCGUGGCAGGAGACUGCACAACGCCGAUUUCAACGGCUGGACAGAGCUUCCUGGUUGGCAGGAUCCCACUCGAAUUCUGCGCUUCGAAGUGGGUAACCCUUGCCCCGAUUGCUUUGGCUUGAAGAAGAGCUAUGGCAUUCGAAGGAUUGAAGUCUUGGGCCGCUGUGCAGAAGGCGGCCAGACCCCUGAAGCUCUUCUCCUCCGCUUAGCAGAAGCUUCUUUCCCUGAUUUGGAGGAUCUGCCUCAUCAGCAAGCACUCCGCCUGGUGCGCAAGAUCAUAAAGUCUAGUGGCAUAACCUGCUCAGGUUUUGGAACCUGA